CUCCUGCCGCAAAGUGUUUCGGUGCUGUAGCUGUCGCAGCGUCGGCGGUUCAUAGCUAAAGAAACGAUAGCUUGACGGCUAAUUCUCGUCAAAUAAAGAACCGGUAUCUGUUUUUUUUUAUUUUGUAUGUGACCGUGAAACAGCAUGGCGGAGAAAUUCGACAACCUGGAGGAGCACCUGGAGAAAUUCAUCGAGAAUAUUCGACAGCUGGGGAUCAUCGUUAGCGACUUCCAGCCCAGCAGCCAGACAGGACUCAACCAGAAACUAAACUUCAUGAUAUCUGGUCUGCAAGACAUCGAGAAGUGUCGUCAGCAGCUUCAUGAGAUCAACGUUCCUCUCGAAGUCUUUGAAUACAUUGACCAAGGUCGAAACCCUCAGCUGUACACCAAGGAAUGUUUGGAGAGAGCCUUGGCAAGGAACGAGCAGGUCAAAGGGAAGAUUGACACUAUGACGAAAUUCAAGAGCCUUCUAAUCUCAGAGCUCGGCAAAGUUUUUCCUGAAGACAUGGCCAAGUACAAGGCUAUACACGGAGAGGAUACCCCCUCCUAGUGACACUUGCACCACGACCAACCCCUGAUUUUCAAACCUGUGACCCUCAAAGUGACAGCCUGGUUGGAGUUUGACCAAGGAGGAUCGUCUAUUAUGUGCGAGCAGGAUAUGAAAAUACCCAGUUAUUAUUUUAGAUAAAUGUUUCCGGGUUGGAGAAGUUUUUUUAAACCUUCUCUGCUCUGUGACGCAGCCCAAUGCCGUCUCUGCUUUGAAUUUCUGAACUUACAUCAAAUAGCAAGAAUAUGGAAGAGGUGGAGAAGAGAAAAUAAAAAUGUUUCCUCGCUGGGCUGUUCUGUCACCCUGUUGAUGCACGGACACUGAAAUCUGUUUGGACAACUGCGUCAAACAGAUUUACUCCCAUCGGUUGUACAUACGGUGCAUUUAUACGCUUCUACUCUUCACUUUUGUAACGCUUUCUAGUCAUUGUGCAACGUGUGUCGUUACCACACAUUUUGUACCGAGCUCAGGUUUCUGAUGGCCAUGGUAACUGAAGGCAAAAUGUUAUUGAUUGGCUCUGCUGUGCCUGAUCACUCCACAUGGUCAGGCUUUAGUCCACUCUUUAUUUGUAACUCGUUUGUAUCGUAAUGUUUAUUAAUAAAUGGUCCUUAAUGGA